GAAAACGAACGCCGCAUCUACGUGGCCCAGGUCCCCAAGUACAAGAGAAUAGAGCAGAGGCGACAGCAUCGAACCGUUAGUCAGAUUCGGAAACGCGUACGACAGCCCACGCCAGAACAAAAGACCCAGACAACCAGCUCAGGAUUCGUGAUGACUCGGGACUAUAUCGAGCAGUACAAUACGACGUGGCUAGAUCAGGAAUUGGCGGGCAGUGCGAAAGCCGAAGUUUGUCAUGGAAAGCUGUGCUGCCACUUCGAGUUGGAGUGGAGCCCAAUAGAUACCGAAAUAGGAAAUAAAAACAAAUUCGGCUAUCGCCUAGGUGCCUACGAUGGCUGGCGAAAUCAGCCAAAUGUAGACCCCAACUAUAUUCGCAACUGCGGAAUCUUCGCCUGCAGCGGAGUUACUCUGGACGAUUGUGGAUACAUGUUGAGCCCAGAUCAACUACGCCUCAACCUUAGCCGAAUACUCAUUGAGGCCAAAUUUCCCAAGAGUCAAGAGAUUCUGCUGAUGCCAAACAGUGUAAGGGAUAAUCUACUGCCCCUCGAGCCAUCGCAGUUCGAGUGGUCCGUUCAGGAGGAGGAAAAGAGUCAUAUGUUGACUGCUCGCUUUGCACUCGCUAAAACCGAGUCGUUGUCCAACCUGUUGUCCUUCGCUAUAUUCGGAAAUUACUACGAUGAAGUCUGUACCUAUGGCUCGGGCUCGCCGGAAAAGGAUCUUGAAUGUGGCUAUGAGCCCACUGGCGAUGGCGCUGCUCAGCUGCGACUAUUCGGCAGUUCGUUGUAUUUGCUGCUGGCUAUGGGCACCGUAUUCUAUCUUAGACAUUAAUGAGCUUAUUAUUGU